AUGAAUGGAAAAAGUCCACAUUUUCUUGUUAGUCGACUGUUAGAAGAUACUAAAAUAUUUGAUAAUGGAACAUCAUCAUCUAAAAACCAAUUUGAUAAUAGUUUGGAUGAUGUUGACAAUAAUACUGAUGAUAAAUAUUCACAACAGAGAAACAUGGAUGAAUUAGUUCAUAAAAAUACUUAUAAAAUACUAUCCAAAUCUGAUGAUGAUCAAUUCAAUACUUCUGAUCAAUCCAUAAAUCUCUCUAAACAAUUCUUAUAUUCAAAUCAAUAUCAAUCAGAGAACUAUCAUCAUAAACAAACAUUAAUACCUGAAAUACAUAAUUUUCAUGAACAUCAUAAAUCUGAUAUGACUAAUCAAAUCUUAUUAGAUUCAUUACAUAUGCUCUGGUCAAAUCAAUGUUCUGUAUUGAAUUCAUCAGAGUUAAUAAAACUUUUUAAACAAUAUAUAGAAUCAUAUCGUCAUAAUGUAUCAAGUACUAAAUCAUUAUCAAUACCAACAUCCAUAACUACUAACCCUAGUAAUACAUCAACUGUUAACAAUAAUUUCAUUAAAACUAAUGAAGGAUUAAUAAGAAAUCAUAAUUCAACCAAUACUUGUCAUUUAUAUGAACAUAAUCCAUCAUUUCUUCAAACAAUUCCUUCAAAUAUAAUCAAUUCUAAUUCUAAUAAAGAAAUAAACGAUUCCUUGGAUAAAUUUACUUCAAAUUUAAUAAGUAAUAAUAUGAAUAACAAUAUUAAAUCACAUUCUUACAAUCAACACCAUUUAAUCCAUAAUGGAGUUGAGGAAAAAACAUUAAACAAUAGAAGUGAAACAAUGAAUACGAUUGUUCAACAGUCUAACCGUGAUACUAGUGAUACUACUACUACUGCUACUAUUCAUACUAAUACUACUACUACUAAUAAUAAUAAUGAUAACAAUAAUGAUAAUGAUGAUGACAGAAUGUCACCAAACCUUCAUACAGUGACAAGACGUAGAAAACGUCGUAUUUUAUUUAGUAAAUUACAAACUGCUAAACUUGAAGAGUGUUUCAAUGAACAAAGAUAUUUAACAGCUUCUGAAAGAGAGCAUUUAGCUAGAAUAUUGAAUUUAACACCGACACAAGUUAAAAUUUGGUUUCAAAAUCAUCGUUAUAAAAUGAAACGUGCAACGCAAACUGAUGAAAUUUCCCCAAAUACAUUCAUAAAAAGAUCAAAUAAAAUCACUCCUUUAAUAGACUUGAAUUCAUCAUCUUCUUGGAAUUCACAAUAUUUAACAAAUCAUACAAAAUGUCAAUCAUUAACACAACAAGAAAGAAACUCUUUAUUGAAUGAAAUAUAUAAUCCAAAUGAAUUGAAUAAAUUAUCAAAUCAUGAUUACAUUCAUCAAUCAAAAAAUAAUCACUAUGAUCAUUUUAAAGAAACAAAUGAAAAUGAUAAACAACGGUAUAACUCAGAACAUUUAACUCAAUCAAUGAAUUACAUGGAUACAGUUGAAAAAUCAUGGUUAACAAAUUGGAUUAAAAUGAUUUCUAAUUCAUAUACAAAUGAUACUAUGAGUAUACAAGAUACACAUCAUUAUCAUAAGUCAAAAAAGUUACGAAAUCAUUAUGAUAUCUCUACAAAAAUAAUGAAUCAUUUGAUUGAUCAAUGUAAUGAAGAAGGAAGAGUAAAUCAAUCCACCAAUAUAACAUCCAUAGAUGAACGAUACAAAACAGAACAAUUCAAAUCAUUGAAAAUAUCUAAUGCUACAAUAACAUCUCAAAAAUUAUUACAAAUAUGUCAACCGGUUUUAGAAAUAGAUCAGUAGAUUAUCAUUAGAUAAUAGAUAAUCAAUUUCCGUCACAUUUCUUUCUUUGAAAAGCUCUUUGUAUAACUUUUUCGAAGCUUCUAAUCAAAUGAAAAAUCUAUCCAAAUAUUUACUGAAUAUUUCGUAUUGAGUAGUAUUAAAUUGUUUUUUUCUUUUAAGAAGGAAUUUUUUUCGAUAUUUUAUUGAAUGAUGUGAUGGAUUCUUUUAUUUGGGAAAAUCAAUUCACUUCAAUGUCUACUUUUCAACUAAACCGAUGACCUGUCGUCCUGGACAUACCUCUUAUUCAAAUUGUUCUUUUUUUCUUCAUAAUUAAACGUUUGUAAUUUGUGCUACUUACAAGUAAUCAAACGAAUUCUGUAUAUUUUUUCUGUGGCUAAAGAAUACAAUUUAUGCAUUAUAGUAUAUGUCAUAAGAUUACCUAUAAUAAUGAUGUUUUUAAUUAUCGCUUCAGCAGUUAGUAUGAAAUACACUGAAGACUAAAUCACAGAUAAAUCAGUAAACUCCAUUUAUUUAUACAGUUCAGCAAGUAACAUAGCACUAACUUGCAUGAUUAUAUUUCAAAGUACCAUUAUCAGAAAUUGAAAGAGCAUUAGUAACGUGGAAGCGACAAUCGAUGACUAACUGCUUCGACUCAAAAGGAAUUUACUACGAAAAUUCCAUGUAAACAUCAAAAUUUGAUACAAGUCUCUUGACUAAAUUAAAUGAUUAGUUUCAUAAAAGACUUAAAAUGGAUUAUGAAAAUUAGAAUAUACAUAAACUUAAACACAUCCAUCGUAAAGUCUAGACCAUUUGUAGCUGUGGUGAAAUAACAUCACUGUAUAUUAUAUUCUUUCGUUGAAGUCACUCCUUACAAAAUUGCUUCAGUUUUUUCUAAUCCAAGCUAAUCGGUUGUAAAUAAGUAAUGUAAUGUUUACGAUGAAAUAGUCAAAUUAGUAGUACAAACUUGAGAUUUUGAACUAUGUAUAGUAAUUUUAUAGCUAUUGUGAUUC